AGUAUCCUGCCCACCGACUCACAACGUCCCGAGUUGAGGUCAGCAGUGCACCAUCCCACCAUAAACAGUGUUAGAGGUGCAUGGGCAACACCUGAGUGAAAAAAAUGUCCAACCCCUCUCGAGGAGACUGGUUCCAGAGCCAGCUUCUGUAGCCGAGGAUCGGACCGCCAGGGUCCUCGCCCUCGACGACUGCCCAUUACACAUUGCAUCCCAUCCCUACGGCCCAUCCCACUGGUGGUGAACCCAUGGGAAGGGGGAUCCAUGUCUCCUCUUUGGGCUAUGCCAAGCCGGGCUUCAUUGGUGAAAGACUGGCCACCAGGCGCUCGCCAGCAUGCCCUUUUUCCAGACCUGGCUCCAGAGUGGGGCCCUGGUGACUCGCGUCCGGUUGAGGGAACACUGAAUCCAUUGUUGUUGCUCAUCAUUAGGGGUCUUCAGGCUCUACUUUGUUUGAUCCCUCACCUAGGACCUGUUUGUCUUGGGUGAUCCUACUGGGGCAUGAAGCCUCUGACAACAUAGCUCCUAGGAUCAUUGGGACACUCAACCCUCUCCACCAUGAUAAGGUGGCAGGCCAGGGAGAKGUUAUAGUUGGUGAUGAACAGUAAUUCAGUAUUGAUAUAUAUUGCGAUAGAAAAYAUUUCAAUAAGUGACAUGACYAAUAAAUUUGAUUGAUAUAUGUUAUAUCAGUGCRUGAYGAUGUACACCACAGACUCCAAGGCAGUGCUCAGUGCUACCGCUCUGUUUACACCAAGCUAACAACAAGCUGCCUACAACACAGUGGACAUCUGCACCAAAUUGAGCUCAACAUCUGUUGGUGAACAAGAAUCCAGAGUUCAAAAGGAAGCAGAAAAAAGAGUUAAGAAAGGAAAGACUGUAAAUCAGAGGUGUAGAAGUGGUUCAGGUGUAGAAGUGGUUCAGGUAUCAAAGGUCUGAUAAACUUCAGCUUCAGAGGGAACUCAUCAGAUCUGUUCCACUGUCUGAUAAAGUUCCACUGUUUGAUAAAGUUCCACCGUCUGAUAAAGUUCUACCAUCUGAUAAAGUUCCACCGUCUGAUAAAGUUCCACCAUCUGAUAAAGUUCCACCAUCUGAUAAGAGUUCCACUGCCUGAUGAAGUUCCACCGUCUGAUAAAGUUUCACCGUCUGAUAAAGUUCCACUGUCUGAUAAAGUUACACCGUCUGAUAAAGUGCCACUGUCUGAUAAAGUUCCCCCGUCUGAUAAAGUUCCACUGUCUGAUAAAUUACCAAUGUCUGAUAAAGUUCCACCAUUUGAUAAAGUUCCACUGUCUGAUAAAUUACCAAUGUCUGAUAAAGUUCCAUCGUCUGAUAAAGUUCCACUGUCUGAUAAAGUUCCACCAUCUGAUAAAGUUCCACCGUCUGAUAAAGUUCCACCGUCUGAUAAAGUUCCACUGUCUGAUAAAGUUACACCGUCUGAUAAAGUGCCACUGUCUGAUAAAGUUCCACCGUCUGAUAAAGUUCCACUGUCUGAUAAAGUUCCACCGUCUGAUAAAGUUCCACCAUCUGAUAAAGUUCCACCAUAUGAUAAAGUUCCACCGUCUGAUAAAGUUCCACCGUCUGAUAAAGUUCCACCAUCUGAUUAAGUUCCACCAUCUGAUAAAGUUCCACCAUCUGAUAAAGUUCCACCAUCUGAUUAAGUUCCACCAUCUGAUAAAGUUCCACCGUCUGAUAAAGUUCCACCGUCUGAUUAAGUUCCACCGUCUGAUGAAGUUCCACUGUCUGAUAACGUUCCACUGUCUGAUGAAGUUCCACCGUCUGAUUAAGUUCCACUGUCUGAUAAAGUUCCACUGUCUGAUAACGUUCCACUGUCUGAUGAAGUUCCACCCUCUGAUAAAGUUCCACCGUCUGAUUAAGUUCCACUGUCUGAUGAAGUUCCACCGUCUGAUAAAGUUCCACUGUCUGAUAACGUUCCACUGUCUGAUAACGUUCCACUGUCUGAUAAAGUUCCACUGUCUGAUGAAGUUCCACCGUCUGAUUAAGUUCCACUGUCUGAUAAAGUUCCACCAUCUGAUAAAGUUCCACUGUCUGAUAACGUUCCACUGCCUGAUGAAGUUCCACCCUCUGAUAAAGUUCCACCGUCUUGAUAAAGUUCCACCGUCUGAUAAAGUUCCACCCUCUGAUAAAGUUCCACUGUCUGAUAAAGUUCCACUCUAUGGAACAUUCUGAGUGGAGGAAAAUGAAGCACCAUAAAAGUUUAAGUCCUCUUCCUAAAACAUUACCGUGUCUCUGUCAGCAGUUGUCUCAAGCAAAGUAAAUCGAAACAGAUGCUGUGAAACACAGAUGCCAAGACGUUGUAACAUUUAAUCAGCUUUAACACAUUUACAUUCCAAAUAUCUGAAAUCAGUUUACAAUUAGACAUUACUUAAAAAAGAAUAUCUCUAAUUAUAUUUUGACUAUGCAAAAUAUCUAUUUGAGAUUUCUCAGAUUACAUUCUGAAUUGUAUAAAUGAUGUCAGAUUUACUAUUAAGUUGUAUGAAGGCUCCAAUUUAAGAUAUCUGCAAUAAAUUUAUAUCAACAGUUAAAUUAUGAUUAGUCAAAGUAAACUGAGAUAUAUCUCAUUUUGUUCUGACUAAUCAUAUUAUAAAUCAAAGAUGUCUUAAAUGACAUCAGAUUUGAAGGUACAGUAAAUAUUGGUGGUCUUGGUAGUUUUUCUGACAUUUUUAUUAUUCAUAUUAAUAUCAAAAUUAUAUUGUAUCGACCAAAAUUUGUAGUUAUAUCAUAAAAUAAAUUUUAGCCAUAUUGUCCAGCCCAGGUUCUAACGCAAAUGGUCUCUUUGAUCAGUUCAUUGGUAAUAUCUAAAUGGGCCUAGUGGCAGUUUAGAUUCAACAAGUUGGGCCCWUAAGRUCAAAAAGGUUAAGAAACCCUGGACUAGACRUCARUAUGUUAAAUAUUAGCAGUUUAGUUUUAGCUUCCAUUGAUUUUUCUGUUCAUUUAGCUUUUUAUCAUUAGCAGAACUAAGAAAUUUGUGCAGUGAUUUUGGUUUUAGUGAAACUAAUAUUUGGAUUAGUGGUGCCCACCACUGUGUUUGACCUUUCUGACAUCAGAAUGGGAUUCAGAGGAUUAUCACAGAGGUCAGUUUUAUGCUGCACAAUUGAAGCAGCUGAUGCUCUGACUGAAGAACAGACCUGUUUUGGGUUCAGGAGAUAUUUUACAGAAUGCAAUGACAGAGUUUCAGUUCACCUACAUGACUGUGACUGCAGUGUUUUCAG